CCGGUGCCGCGCACACCCCGCAGCACCCGCGGCAGCCGCGCAGCGCCCGCAGCCCCGGGGCCACCGUGUCCCGACCCCGUGGCUCCGGCAAGAUGUGGCGCCGCUGGGAACCGGGAUGGGACGAGAAGAGGGAGCUGCAGGAGCUCAACUCCCGCCUGCGGGUCUUCGUGACCCGCGUGCGGGAGCUGGAGGAGGAGAACCGCUUUCUGGCGCGGGAGCUGGCGGAGCUGCGGGAGCAGGAGCUGAUCGGGCUCCGAGUGCCCGAGCAGGAGCUGGCCUGGCUGCGGAUGCAGCUGGAGGAGCUGACGCGGGCAAAGCUGGAAGCGGAGUUGGAGCGGGACGGGCUGCGGCGGGAGCUGGAGGAGCUGCGGGCGCUGGGCGCGGAGGUGCUGGGGAUGCGGCGGCGYCUGGAGCCCGAGCUGGCCGGGCAGCAGGCGCUGCUGGAGCGGCUGCGGGGCGAGUGCGUGGCCCUGGAGGAGCUGCUGCUGGAGCUGCAGGCCGAGCACGGGCACAUGGCGGAGCGGCAGCGGCGGGAGGCGGUGGAGAUGCGGGAGCUGCGGCUGAACCUGGCCGCCUUGCCGCCCCCCUUGGCCGGGCUGAGCUUGGAGGAGCUGGAGGAGACCUACGAGAUGCUGCUCAGCCAGAGCUGCCGGGAGACCCUGCUGCGCUACCAGGAGCAGAUCCAGGUGCUGCAGGAGCAGGAGGCGCAGCGGAGCCGGGAGAACCUGGAGCUGCUGCGGGAGGAGAGCCGGCAGUGCCGGCAGCACCUGGAGGAUCUCCAUCGCCAGGGCCAGGAGCUGUGCGCGCUGCGGGAGCGGCUGGAGCAGGAGCUGCUGGCCAUGCAGGACCGCCACGGCGCCGAGCUGGAGGAGUACCAGAGAAUAAUUGACGCCCUGGAAGAAGAAAAGCAGUUCCUGACCAUGUCAAUCACGGAUUACCUGAGGGACUACCAAGAACUCCUGCAGGUGAAAGCAGGCCUCAUCCUUGAGAUUGAAACCUACAGAGCUUUGUUAGAAGGGGAGAGCAAGCCAUGGAUUAUAUGGAGAGAAGAGUAUGCAGAGAAAUUGCCUCAAGAUAUCAUAAACACUUUAUAUAACUACACUGAUAUUUACUCUACUUACCAAGAAAGAAAUAGAAAUAAAGCUUCACCAGCUGCCAGGAUCACUGAUACRAGGCACAGAAUGCCAGUGACAAAUAUGAGCAGUUCUGCACGUUACUCAGCUCAUUCCAUGCAGGCUGGAUCACACACAACAACGGGGGGAAGAACUUUUGGAAGGGAUGUACUUGGUUCAACAUAUCGCCCUUCGACAACUGUCACAAAGGAUGAGAGGAUUGUAACAGACCACAAAGAGCUGAGAACAUUUACUCCAGACUACAGCAGCUGGAGAAGCACUGAAAUGCAGCAAAAGAGGAUUCCAGAGAGAAAGAAAACAGAAGUUACAACUUCAUCCACGGUGUCUUAUUCAAAAGAAUCAGCACAUACUGAAAGAUCAGACAAGGACCACAAGCCUGAUGCUGAAAAUACAAGAACAAAACCAGSCUUCACUAGAUUUCCAGCUUAUGAGCUGAUUAYYAAUGCAAAACCUKCAUCUAAAUAUGAAGAAACUAUAAUUGAAWCUCGGACCACACUAAAAGACAAAAGAGGAGACAGCAAACCARCUGAUGAGAAGACAUCUCUGCUGAAGGAAAAAGAUAAACCUUCAUCUAAAUAUGAAGAAACUAUAAUUGAAWCUCGGACCACACUAAAAGACAAAAGAGGAGACAGCAAACCAGCUGAUGAGAAGACAUCUCUGCUGAAGGAAAAAGAUAAGCUGGAGAAACAAACAGCAGAUGAGAAAAAGAAAACAGAUGAGAAAUCUUUUAUAGAAGAAAGUGUCGAUUUUGGAAGGAGGACUGAGCAGAGAAGAUAUAUCCGUGAGACGGUAACAGGGAGUGAUAUUUCUGCUGCAAGAACUUUGAUAAGUGAACCAACAAAAAAAGAUGCAAAUGUGACCUCGGAAUCAAGAAGUAAAGAAGUCAUUGAGGUACCAAUCACUCUUGAAAGGCCUGCUCCCGACAAAGAACUUCAGAGAAAUAAAGACAUAAGGGUACAAGGAGUUACCAUAGGAAGAGAAAGAGAUGACCAUGUAACUCAGUCUGCUGAAACUCACCACGUGAGGAUUUCAGAAGCAAAGUCAAGUUUGGAAGGUGAAGAGCAAAUUAGGGAUGGAACUCAUAAAAUGGGAGCUCUGCCGACUGAAAACAUAGCAGAGAAUAUUGUUGCUGACAUUCUUAAAAGUUUCACGCAGUCUUCCAGUUCACAGUCGUCCACAGACACCAAAGUGACCUAUUUYGAUAAGAAAGAGCAAGAAGAUGAAGGGAAAAUCAAGACCGAGUUCACAGUGCAGUCUCAAGUGCAAGAAGCCAUAGAUAUUUCUGAUGAAAGUGACUUAGGACAUCUGUCAAAGCAGGAUGUUAGAAAAGUGAUUCGAGAGGGCGUUGAGGGAACUCCUUCCAAAGAGGAGAUAGAAGAUAUUGUACACCAUGGCCUGAAAGGAAGCGAGAGCGGAAAGAACGUGUCUGUGAACGUGGAGAUUGUAGAGGAGCCSCUGGAUUACACCGCUGAUGAAAGGACUGAUUUUUCAACACCUUUUGAAGUAGAAGAAGUGGAGGAUUCAUUCCCUGAGAGAGAGAAGCGUUACGGUGAAGAGGAACAAAACAUCAGCUUCCCGUACGAAGAUGUCAAAAAGAAGAAACCGCGCCAUGAGAGCUUCACUCGUGUGGAAGAAGUCACUGAGGAAGAUGACUCACCUAUUGAACAGAAAUAUUUUGUAUCUGUUCCUGAUGAUCAUGCUAUUAUUAAUGAAAAAGACGAUGACUCAAUAUAUGGGCAAAUUCAUAUUGAAGAAGAAUCAACCAUUAAAUACUCUUGGCAAGAUGAAUUUUUGCAAGGCACACAAAGUAAGAGAGAGGGAGGCGUGAGCUCUCCUGAAGAAACCUACAAAGUGGUAGGGGAGGAAGCAAAUGCCCAUAUUUUAAAAGAGCAUCCUGAAGGUGAAAGAUCCCAUGUUGAAUCUGUUGUUAUUGAAAAAGAAAUCAAAAUUCCCCAUGAAUUUCAGACGACGAUAAAAGGGCUUUUAUCCAAGGAAACGAAGGACCCUAAACAUCAAYUGAAGGAAGCUUUGGAGCAGCUGGAGGGCAGUCUCCCAGAAAGUGUGAAAGAGGAGCUGUCUGCAUUAACAAAAGACAGCAAAGUUGAUGCUAGUAACUUGGCAUUUGAUAUCAAAAAAGUUGAUCAGAAGGAGGAGGGGGGCUUGGUGACAAUUGUUGCUGAAGUCAAUCUGUCACAGACCCUCAAUACUGAUGAACUUGAUGCAGAUCAGCUUGGGGAAGUCAUCACAAGUGAGAAGGAGAAAGCAACAAUACACUCCCUGCAGAAAGAGAGCUCRGACAGGAGCAAAAUAGGAGCUGAUGUUUCUUCCCAUGGUGAUAAAUACACUCCUUUUGCUGASCAGGAAAUCUACAGCUCAUCCACAACGAGGCGGAGCGGUGGCACUGGCUAUCACACCACUGAAAGAAUUGUUUAUGACGGUUCGGUUUCRGAAACUGCCGAUUAUGGAGAAGCCUCUCACUCCUCGCAAUCAGCUGAUGAGACCCAGUCCCAAAGGCGGGUCAGGGUCAGCCCAGCAGAAGUCCAGAGGUUUGAGAAGGUCCUGUAUGAAGGGCCUGGCACUGAAACGCUGGAGCUCAGCGCUGCAGAAGAYGUUGUUCAGAGAGAGGGAGCGUCACAAUUCAGCCAAUCCGUGAAGCAUUUUAAACUGGGCCCUCAGGACAUCCAAACCACAGAACAAGUGUUUUAUACAGGCCCCAUUACUACAGUUGUAGAAGAGGUGGAUUCUGAAAAUUUUUCUCGGAAGGUUUCAACAGACUUCAGCAGGGCCACAAGACGUGUCACAGUAGGAUCAAGGCAGGUGACCGAAGAUGUCUCUUAUGAGGGGUUGGGCUCGGACUCKGUGACUCUCAACAGCACAGAUGGCCUUGCCCAGGCCGAAGGGGCUGUGGAUGUCAGCAGAUCAGUGAGGCACUUCAGGCUGGGCCCCAAAGAGGUUCAUACUGAGCACGUUAUCUUUGAGGGACCCAUCUCCGGAAAAGUGGAGGUCAGCAGCACCAGGGAUUUCUCACAGGCAGAAAGUUCAGUCAGACAAAUCCAGCUGGGUCCCCAGGGCUUUAUGACAGCUGAAGAGAUCAUCUACCAGGGGCCYGGCUCUGGGCACACAGAAAUCACUGAACUGGAAGACCAGAUGGUUUCAGGAGACUCGAGAGCUUUCAGGCACGUUAAAAUAAGUCCUGCAGGAACUCACACUGAGGAAAUAAUCUUCACAGGACCYAUUGCUGGAGUGGUGGAAGAUCUUUCACAAACAGAAGGCUCGUCUGAGAGCAGCAGUUCUGUGAAGCACAUCAAAGUAGGCUCCAGAGAAACAGCUUACACUUUCCAGAUGGAUGUUUCCAAUCUGGGUGGAAUAUCUGCAGUGAAGAGUGGAGAGCAGCAAGUGGCAAUGCUGGUGUCCAACAAGCAAGAGCCUUCCGCUGGUCAGCCGCAGGUCAUCGUCCAAAGCGACCGGCUUGCAGAAAGUGAAAGCACAAGAAGUGGAUACGUUCUGUCCGGUUUUUCCCAAGAUCAGGGUGGAAAAGUGGUGGAACAGUCAUUUUUUGAUAAAACUGUGCAGUUGCAAAGAACGGUCGACCAAAGGUCAGACACUUCUGAAGAGAAGAAAGUCGCUUUUGUCUACCUGGACCACGAGGAGGAAGAGGAUGAGGAUAACGAAAAUGAUGGACAGUGGUUCUGAAAGGACUCUGUGAUGAAGCCUACGUAGCCAUUUGUUUAUCUGUAUUUUUUAUCCUUUUUUUUACAGAGAAAAAAAGGGACGGGGAAACAAUCCAACUGUUUCGAUUAUUAAUGGUGGACUGAGAAGUAUUGAAUUUAAGCCUCUAUUCAGCACAUUUUAUUUUAUUGGAAAUUUUAUUUUUGAGAGAGCUCAUGCUAUUAAUAUGUUUUCCUCAGAGUUCUGUGUCUAAUAUUUUCAGAUUUUUUCACACAUAGAAACAGGAAUUUGCUACUGAGGAAUUCAAAGGAUUCUAUUUUUCCUGUUUGUUUUAUAGCACAUCAGCUAUUAAAUAUGUGCUUGAAUAGGACACUUCAAUUUUCUUUUUCUUAAUACUGUAUUGUACUUGGUUACUACAAUAUUACUAUGCAAUUUUAUUUAAGUCUCAAGCUACUAACUACAAAUGUAACAGAAUAUGAGACUAAUAAGAGAGUGGUAGUAGCUGAUUUUCAGUUCCAUUUCUGUGUACUUACAUGCAAUASCUAAUGAAUACAUUAUAAGAGACAGUUAUUACAGCUAUAAAAUUAAAUAUGAUCCUUUAGGAUCAAACUAAGCAUAGCAAAAAUUGACAAAAGUGGUAUUAUUUAUAUAGCUUGAAUGCAGUGCAAAAARGAAAGAGAUGACAGUGAGGUAAGAAUUUCUCACAGUAUUCCAAGUGAGAAAUAGUGAAUUUUAUGGUUAGAGAGUAUAAUAUAUUUAAUAUCUCCAAAAAGAUAAGAAAUAUAAAAAGUAGACUGGAUAGUGUUCCCACUGAGGUAAGGAGAACUCCUUGCAGACUCGGUGGCUGUGGACUUUAGUAACCUCAAGUUCCUUUGCAGUUUAUGGGUUACCGGAUACSAGGUAUUGCUAAAGGUAAGUGUGAAGUGUCMAACAUGAUUACAUAGUGCCUAAUUYCCUAACACAGGGAAAUUAGCUAGGAAGUGUCCUGUUAGAAGGAAACUUUUACAAAUGACAUUGAUGACUCUUUUAUGAUCAUUGUGUGUCGGCUCAUUCCCAGAUAAUCCUUUGUUUACAAACAAGAUGUCCUUUUCAAUCACUCCCCCUGCAAACCCAAGCUGAGAUUUGAAUUUAUUUUUUUCCCUUUUUGUUUUCCUCUGAAUGCAAUAUGUGCCUAAGGCCAAAGUUGCCUUCUACUUAAAUAAGCUAAUUUCACUAGGAUUGCACAUUGGUUGAAUGAAGGACAUAAUUAAAAUUUAUAUUUCAGUGACUUUACAAGUUCAGCUUGGAAGCCAGCACAGCACCACUGGCUGGACUGACCUGGGCAGUGCUGGCAGGGGCAAAAAUAGCAGCCAAAAUAUUGUCACUGUGGUAAGAAAUACCAUACUGGCCACGUAUGGAAGUAAGAAACAUUGAUGAGAAGCUGCUGUUUCACACACACACAAACACACACACACACAAACACAAACACUCACUGUGUCCCACCUCUGCAGAGCAGACACACACUUGGGUGGCGAGUGCUGACUCCCAGUUUUUUUCCUGUGGUUAUGUAAGCCUAGUCUUGUGUGUGCUGAUCCAGAUUUGAAUCCAGUUAGACUAUCUYAGUCUGGCAUGACUAGUCACUUUGCAGAUUCCUUACUAUUAACAGAAGUAGAUUUCUCAGAUCUGACUGCUGCUUUCUACUAUGAAUGUAAAUGCAAAGCUGAGAAGCUCYGUGUUGACUGACACAUCCUGCUGUUUCACAAAUGGGACAGUUUAAUCCUUGUGUGCCUUAGUGACUAAGUUUGAAACUGUACGAAGCUACUAAUGUUCCAAAGAUUAACUCAUGAGGUUUGUCURCGCUGCAAAAUUUUCUGAAUGUUUUCCUCAUUUUGUAUGAAAUCAUUUGUUGAAAUUGCAAGUUCCACCAAUGGCUGGAAAAUUAAUAGGAAACCGAGUUGUGCAGAAGCACUAAAGGCAUGUAAUCUAAGCUUAUUUAUACUGUUCACUGUGUAAUAGAUAACAUUUUUUCUYAAAAUUAUUGCUAUAUGCUGAGAAAAGAUCUUGUGCUUCCAUUUAUAAAUAGGAUGGUACGUAUUGUAAUACUUCUAAUCUCAUCCUAUACUUUUGUUUCCUUAGUUGACUGUAUGUUUUUAAAGGUGACAAUGUCUCUGUGUUUAAUAGUUAUGUAUAAGCCAGAAUUUUCCAGCUAGUUGCCUUACUGCCAGUAAUCAGAUUCUGUACUUCAACUAUUCAACAACUGCAUAAAGGAAGAAGUCAGGUCUGYAGUAAGCAACAGAGGUAAAAACAAGCAGCGUAAGUUUUCUUGAAAUUUUGUUCAAGACUUACCAUUCUCUGUAAAGCAGAUUAAAGAAUAUCUGCACAAAAUAUAUUUAGCAACUACUAAAAAGCUACUUAGAACAUCAAGCCCAUUUAUUGAUACAGUGUGGAACCUUUGACAAACAUGCUCCUUAGGAACAGUGAUGUCAAAACUGUUCUGUUUAUUUUCACCUGCUGAGAGAAUUAUAAUGUCAGGUGAAGGAAUAAACCAGUGAGAAGCAAGUGAUUCAUAAAAUGUAGGUGCUUUUGGCACUGAAGGAUUAAAAAAAAGCAACAAACAAAUACUGUUUUUAGUGAGGCAACAACAGCUCUUUAGAAAUUCAUUUGCACAUCACUGUCAGAUGUCAAAGGUUGUGCCAAGAUAAAUUUCUGAUUUGACUGUCUGGAGGAAAUUUUUUUCAGUGUAAU